ACAUCCACCAUAUCCAUAUCACCCUCUCCAACCAAAUCAACCAAAUCAACCAAUUCAACCAAAUCAACCAAUUCAACCAAAUCAACCAAUUCAACCAAAUCUCCCAGAUCAUCCAAACCAAUCAAUAAAUCCAAACCAGCCAAUUCACCCAAACCAACCAAUUCAUUCAAACCAUCCAAACCAACCAAUUCACCCAAACCAACCAAUUCAUCCAAACCAACCAAUUCAUCCAAAUCAACCAAUUCAUCCUAAUCAACAUCAACCCUACCCAUAUUCUCCACAUUUUCAUCACUCUCCUAUUUAUGGUCCACAACAUUAUGGUCAUCAAUACCCCCUUCAUCCAUACCAAAAUAAUCAAAAUGUUCCUCAACAAAUACUACCAUCUCAACCUAAAGAUCAAGAACAAACGCCAUCUCCUCAACAACCUCAACAAACGCCAUCUCCUCAACAACAUCAACAAACACCACCACCACAACAACAACAACAACAACAACAACAACAACAACAACAACAACAACAACAACAACAACAACAACAACAACAAAUACCUUCUCAACAAGAAGAACUUGAAACUCUUAACCGAAUAACAGCUCAACAAAAUCAACAAGAACAAAAGGCACAAGACCAACAAGAACAAAAGGUACAAGACCAACCAAAAGACGAAAUGGAUAAAAAAUAA